AUGUCAAAAAAGAUAAAUCCACUGGACCAUGCUGGCAAGCCUCUUCACUCCCCAGCAGAACUCAUUAUGAAGUGGGUUUGCCCUGGACCCCAUCCAAAGAGCCUUGGUGAACUCCAUCCAGACAAAGAGGUGCCCACUGAUAAGAAGUUCUUGCCCUGCACACCUCAAAACCUGAUGCUGAGGGCUAUGGCCAGGAAAGACCCCAUGGCCACAAGACACCCCCAGGGAGUUCAAGGGAGGCUGGAGAGAUGUGUCGGUUUAUUUAUUGUUUGUUUCACGUGGUGUGAGGGGCAUAUUUUACAAGGACAGAGUAGACUGGAAGAGAUGCUGAAAAAACUCACAGCAUGGAGAAGAUUUUCCAUUCUGUUUUGUAAAGUCAACAGGGCCAGGGCAAGCAAGAGACUCACCUCAGGCACAAAAUUUAAAGGGAGCCAAAAAACUUAG